AUCCUUAGCAUCUUGCCUUUGAAAGUUUGCAUGUAUUAAACACAAGUUCCUGACUAAGUAGUCAGAUUAUUCUAGAAGUCUGACCUCUGCAUAACAUACAUUGACAUCUAUAUUUAAAGCUAUGAAGUGAGGCAUGAAUCAAUGGGUGAUAAAACAUUAACCAGCAGCGGGGUGCUUGGAUGUGUUAACGCCACAGUGAUCUGUCCAGGGGCUACACCACUCAUAUUGCCCUAAAUUUAUCACCACUUUCCAGUCCAAACAGCGGUUUGGUCAACACGGAGAAUAAUGAAGCCCCGUCCCUCACUGCUUAUGCUGCUCUGCUUCUUUAGAUAUGGACUGGCUGGUGAGGUCAGGACAGGGUCUCCUGAAGGACCUGCCUCUGUCAGCUCUUCUCCUCCUCAUGGCCCUAGUCCUUCACAUCAGAUUAAGGAGAAAUGUGAAGGUAUAAGUCUAGAAACCCAGCGAGCAGUUGGUGGUGCUGUAGCCAAAUUGGGACUGAAGCUUCUGGAGGACCUGCAACCUGGGCCUGAACAACCAAAUGUUGUUCUUUCUCCUUUAAGUGUUUCUCUUGCACUGGCUCAAUUGGCUUUAGGUGCUGUGAACGAGACAGAAAAGCACCUAUUAAGUGCUCUGCAUGCAAGCCUGUUACCUGACUAUUAUAAAACUUUAAGCUGCCUCCAAGAACAGCUAAUUACCAAGGCCAUUAAAGUGGCCUCUCGUAUCUACCUCAAACCAGGUAUUGUCCUGAAGAAGGAAUUUGUAGAGAGAUCCCUUCAGCUGUUCAAGUCGUCACCCACACCACUCACUUCUCUAGAAGAGGUCAAUCAGUGGGUGGGGGAAGCCACCAGUGGUCACAUGAACAACUUUUUGUCCAGUCUUCCACCCAAUGUUCUCUUGAUGUUGAUAAAUGCAGUUCAUUUUAAAGGGGAGUGGAAGUCACGCUUUGAAUCACGUCAUACUACCAAGGACCUCUUCUACAUUAACAAACAAACUGCUGUAAAAGUGGAUAUGAUGACCGGAUCUAAAUAUCCACUCAGCAUGUUUGUGGAUGGAGACAAAGACACACAGGUUGCAAGAUUUCCUUUCCAAGGAAAUACAAGUUUUCUGGUGGUCAUGCCAAUGCCAUCCCAGAAUCUGUCACAAGCCGCUGCCAACCUAAACAUAACAGACCUGUAUGAACGUCUACCCAGUGAGACAACCAUGCUUGUGAAACUACCAAAGAUCAAACUUGAAUAUAAACAGGAUUUGCAAAGUGCACUCUCAAACAUGGGAUUGGCAUCUCUGUUCUCUGGACCAGACCUGUCUGGCAUAGCAGGGGGUCCACUGGUAGUGUCAGGUGUGCAGCACGCUUCCAGUAUGGAGCUAAAUGAGGAAGGUGCAGAGGCCUCUGCUACUACUUCUGUGAUACUGGUGCGCACGGUCCCCAUUUUCGCAGUCAACAUGCCCUUCAUCUUUGCCAUAGUGGAUGAUGUCUCCCACACACCUCUCUUCCUUGGCAUGGUCACCAACCCAAAUCCUGGAGCAACUGAUGACCCUGAUAUCAUAACUCCAUUGAGCAGCAUGACGGCAACUGAAGCACCGCAAAACGAUGUUCCUUACUGGGAUAACAUGCUCCAUGAUGUGGGGGAUGAAGGUGAGGAAACAGAACGACUCCUCAAUCAUUAGAUGGUUGAGGAACACGGCCUAAAAGGAAUACAGAGAAGCAUGGACCCGUCCCCACUAUCACAUACUGUGUACCAGUCAUGCAUGUGUCAUGAUAAAGUCAGCCAUAAAAGGUCCCUUAGGGCUUGGAGUUAGAAAAUACACAUCCAAGUCUUCUGAUGACAAUAUGCUAGUGCAGUUUUAUACAAUGGACAUUCUAUGGACAAAAACACACCAAUAUUUGCAAAGAGAUGUUGAUCCUUUACAUUACAUUUUUAAUUUUUUUCAACCCAAACUGCAUGUUUGAGGCAGUAAAGGUGAUUUGAUUUUUUAUUUUACCUUACAUUGGUCAGAACAUAUACUAAUUGUGGCGAUUAAAGUAUAAUGUUACAUA